GUGGACGGAGGUCCAGGGUAGAAAGCGCUGAAUGCAGAUUGGUCGGUUUUUCCAAAGAGGCCAAAACUCCUCCCCCAACUGCAGCGAGGAACGGAAGCUUCACCCGGGUUUCUUUAAAUCCGCUGCCUGUGUUGAUCCACGAGGUCUCUGUGCCGUUGUUGUUCUUGGGAAAAGGACUUAAGAGGCGCACAUGCAUCUGCAAGAGAGAGAAACAACCAUGGCGAGAGUAAAGGCACAUGAAGUGAGAGCAGUGGCGACUUCUCUAGCAUAUAAAAAGAACCCGCCUCUAGAGGCGAUACUCCAGGCUACAUACUGAGGGUGUUGGUUGAAAAUGGCUAGCAAUGAACCAGAGAAGGAACAUAGCCUCUGUAUCCUAAUGGCUCGUUUAAAGAUGGAGAACCCCAACCUAGGAAGGAAAGAGAUGCAUUCAGCUGUGGUUGCAGAAGGACCAGAAUGGGAAAAAUUAACAGUUGAAGAGAUAAGCAACAUGUGGAGAAGGAUGAAAAGAAGGAAUGCCAAGAUUAAGGAGAAUAUUGCUACAGCAGGGAACCAGAAUGCAGAGUGUAAUGGUCAUACCAGUAGUAAAAAUCCUUCAUUGCAAGAGUCAGGUGCUUGUGGAAAGCAAGGAACCACCCAAAAAUUAGGCCAAGGUAAUUCUAAGAUGGGCAUGAAAACAGCACAGGAAAGGCAACAAGACCUACAAGAUCAUAAAGCAAUAGAUAUGACUGAAGUCUCAGAAGCUUUGGGAGGUGUGAAAGUUCUUAAAGCAGAUGCCAAUAAAAGUCCUGCGUUGGUAAAGCAAUUAAAACGUCUUGAAGAAUAUCCAGGUGUCAAUUAUGUAGUGUUCACUCCUCCAGAUGAAUAUCAAGACUGUGCAGUUAAGCUGACAGAUGCCGUGGGUGAGGUUUUCUUUUAUGUGAUGUGGAACCGUGUGGUAAGAGCUCCCUACGGAAGCAAAACAAUUAAGAGAGAAUUGUGGAUGAUUUAUCAGCAACUGGAGGGGAUCAUGUUACCAAAAUAUAGAAAAAUGUUAAGAAAUCAGUUGCAGGAGGAGUUUGGCAUUGAUCCAUUUGAAGGAAAGUAAACUCUGAUAAUUAAAAUUCCAAAUUAAUGUUACUGUUGACAUAUUUUUUCUAAGUAAUUUUAAAGCUGUACUGUUGGCUAUUUUCACCAUGGAACAGUUCUUUUGUACUCCAUUGUAAGUACAAAAGUCAUAAAAGUGAUUUAUUUUAGUUUCGGAUUACUUUUUAAAUCUACAAUGGAGUAUUUGCAAGAUCAUUUUUCUUGGAUAAAAGUUGUUGCCAUAUUAGCAUCCUUUCAGAGUAAUUUGGGUUUUUUUUUUAAUACUUGAGAUGAAGUGAAUGUAAAAUAAUUAUCAUUUCCUCCAAAGCAAUGACAUAAAGGGUCUGAAAUUUCACUGCUGGGAUAUUUCAUGUGCUUCCUCUUUCGCAGAUCUCUCUUCAUUGCCAAUCUCGAUUCAUAAUUCUCAUCCAAGUAAGUUUGGGUCUCCCAGCUCUUUUGGAAUCCACAGGAACCCAGUUGACAGUAUCAUUUACACUACUCCUCUUCUUUCAGUAAAUUGUUACUCAUGAAAACCUAAAUUGAACAUCAUUAUUUCGUAAAUUUGAGAGAUUUUUUUCAUUGACACUUUCCCUGCGUUAUUUCAUCGUUAUUUUUAUUUUUCUUGGAUCUGUUUCAUUUCCCAUCUUGUUAUAUGACAUUUAAGAGCAACUUCUUCCAUGUCAAGCCAUUUUUUCAUCACGGAAUCCUCAGUAAGACAUCAGCAUAGGUGUCAUAAAAAUCCCCUUUAGCACCCAGUACUUACUAACUUGACAAGGCUCCAGCAAAACUGUAUCUGCUUCAUAUGUGGAUAAUUUAAAUUAGCUUUACAAUUUUAUAAGAUACAUAAUGAUGCAAGACCACCCAAAAUAUAGACAGGAUGCUUUCAAAUGUCUUCUUGUGAUCAAAAGCCAUCAGAAGAAGCUUUUCAAGUUCCAUUCACUGCCACACUGUCAUAAUGCAAACAUUUUGUGUGUGCAUCUCUUGCUUUUUUACAAAACUGGUUGGUCAUCCCAAACCAGUUGAUCAAUUUCUAUGUCUUGUCUAUUAUGAAUGAGCAAACUAAAAUUUCAUCACAACUGAUAUAUUUAAAAUUCUGAGUUCAGGGAGAAAUUGAUUUCAAAUAAUAUAGUACAUAUUGAGAGAUACUGCCUUUUACACCAGUAAAGAGCAUAAUGUAUACAUGAAAAAUACAAUACAAAUUUUGUCCUUUUGAUGAUAUCAGUAUCAACCUUUGAAACUUGAAAAAACCCCAAAUAGGAGAACAAAUAUACUAUUCAGAAGCCCGGACAGUUUUGGAGUCUCAUGCUCCCUCUUCAGUGUGGAGAUAAAUUAACCAGGAGUUGGGUUUUAAGAAUUCCACACUCAAGAGGGAGCGUGACACUUCAAAACUGUGUGCACUUCUGAAUUUAUUUAUUCUUCAAUUUGUGGGUUUUUCAAGUUUGACUUGUUACGGGCAGUCCCCAGUUAUUGGCAGGGAUUCUAUUCCUUAUGGCAUGACGAUAACCGAAAAUCAAUGACAACAACGCCGAUCUCUGGUUAUCAGCAUUGCUGUUAAGUGGAGAUUAGCGCAUGUCAGCGCCGAAAAUACAGUUAUCAUCACUUGACAAGCACCGUAAAACCUGAUUGCCUAUAACUGGGGACUGUCUGUACGUAUAUUAUUCUAAAACAGAGUGAAGUGGAGAGUGGACAAAACCAUGAAUAGGGCUAGUCAAGACAAGUCAUAUUGUUGUUGUAAUGAUACCAUUCUCGAUACUGUAUAUAAUAGGUUUUCACAUGCUACAAGAGAACAACACUGAUGUAUACUUUGAAUGAAAAUGUUUGGCAUAGAACCUAUUGAGAAGCAAAGCCUGUGUGAUCUGAUGGCAGAGCUGGAAAUGAAAAUGUUUGGCAUAGAACCUAUAAAAAACAAAGCCCUUGUGACCUGAUGGCACAGCUAAAAAUAAAAUAAUGACUGUGCCAAUCAUCUAACAGUUGAUAGUAUGGUAUUUUACUAUGCUCUGUUAAAUAGGUACACUGGCUUUGGAAAUUAAAGCAUUACAUGCUAGGCUCUGGAAUGGUGUUUGCCCAAAUGUACAAAUGUUGCAGAAUCAUUUACAGGAGUUUAGUCUUGAUCCAUUCCAGGGAUUGUCACAUAAAUUGUAGUAAUUGUUGAAAACCAAAAUAAAUUUUUUUAAGCUGCUCAAGCACAAAUUA